AUGCUAACGACCAAUGAAGAAAAAUCCGAAAAAAACAACGUCCCGCACUUAACAACCCGUCAACUUCUCAUUCUCUACGGAAGUCAGACAGGUUGUGCUCAAGAUGUCGCCGAAAGAAUUGAAAGACAAGCAAGAAGACGUCUUUUUAAGACCAGAAUAUUUUCAAUGGACGCCUAUGAUAGGACCAAUCUGAUUAAUGAACAUCUAGCGAUUUUCGUAUGUUCAACAACUGGGCAAGGUGAUGAACCGGAUAAUAUGAAAAAAUUCUGGAAAUUUUUACUAAGAAAAAACCUUCCAAAUGACAUUUUGAAUCAAUUAAAAUUUGCAGUAUUUGGUCUUGGAGAUUCCUCAUAUGUGAG